UCCUGCAAAGGCGCGCCGCGUACUCAGGACGCUGCUGAUUGGCGCGUUUGACGGCGCGCGCUGAAUUCGUGCCCGAGAAGAGGAGAAGCGCCUGUAAUUCCCCACCCUCUUGUUUGCAUUGUGCUGCAGCUCGCGCUUUGUAUGCGCGACGGCCCGGCCGGGAGGAAUUGUGUGUGUGCGCGCGUCUGUGUUUGCGGGACCGUGGACCGAAGUCUCCGAGGAACUCGAGAGAUUGGGCUUCUGUGGUCUCCUCCUCCUCUGGAGAAGCGCGCAUGAUGGCGGCAGCGGCCGUCCCGGCCGUGGUGGUAGAGGUGAGCAUGAGCAGCACCGGGAGUAGCAGCAGCGACACUUCCAGCACGGGCGAGGAGGAGAGGAUGAGGCGCCUUUUCCAGACCUGCGACGGCGACGGCGACGGUUAUAUCAGCAGGAAUGACUUGCUGAUGGUUUGCCGCCAGCUGAACAUGGAGGAUUCUGUUGCUGAGAUCAUGCACCAACUUGGUGCAGAUGAAAAUGGGAAGAUCUCCUUUCAGGAUUUCACAAGAUGUCGCAUGCAGCUUGUGCGAGAAAUCAGAAAGGAAGAAGUGGAACUUUCUGUGAAAUCAGAUGAGUCUUGUAAAAAGAAAACAUUAAGGAAUAGAAUAGCUUCCUGGCCAACAAGCAGUGAUAACAGUUUGGGUGCCCUCUCAGGAGCUAGAGAAAGUUGGGAAUAUGAUUCUGGAGCUAGAGACCUUCAGAGCCCUGACUUGCACAGUCGUUCAACUCUGCAGAAGCUCUUGGAAUAUGGAGGCAACACUAUGAAUCAACAAAUUGCAUUGCAGAGACUGUUUACACAAACCUCCAAUUUUAGUAAUUCAGUUGGGAGAAGUUACCUAGAACUUGCUAACACUCUUCACUUAGCAGCACUGGCAUCUCUGAAGGUAGACAUCGUUGAACUUAAUAAGCGCCUACAGCAAACGGAACGAGAAAGGGAUUUGUUGGAAAAGAAAUUGGCAAAGGCACAGUGUGAACAGUCUCACCUAAUGAGAGAACAUGAAGAUGUGCAAGAGCGGACAACCCUUCGCUAUGAGGAACGAAUCACAGAACUCCACAGCAUUAUUGCAGAGCUAAACAAAAAAAUAGAUCGACUGCAAGGAACUACUAUAAGGGAAGAAGAUGAGUAUUCAGAACUGCGAUCGGAACUUAGUCAUAGCCAGCAUGAAGCCAAUGAAGAUUCACACAGCAUGGACCAAGAUCAAACUUCUGUUUCUGUCCCAGAGAACCAGUCAACUAUGGUCACAGCUGAUAUGGAUACAUGUAGUGACUUGAACUCUGAACUUCAGAGAGUGCUGACGGGACUGGAGAAUGUUGUCUGCGGGAGGAAGAAGAGCAGCUGCAGUUUGUCUGUGGCAGAUGUGGACAGACAUAUCGAACAGCUCACCACUGCCAGUGAACACUGUGACUUAGCCAUUAAGACAGUUGAAGAGAUUGAAGGUGUGCUAGGGCGGGACCUAUAUCCAAAUCUGGCUGAAGAGAGGUCUCGAUGGGAGAAGGAAUUAGCAGGCUUGAGGGAAGAAAAUGAGAGCCUUACAGCAAUGCUGUGCAGCAAGGAGGAGGAGCUAAACAGAACCAAGGCCACCAUGAAUGCUAUCCGGGAAGAACGAGACAGAUUGCGCAGAAGGGUUCGAGAACUGCAGACACGUUUACAAAGUGUCCAGGCAACUGGCCCAUCGAGUCCAGGUCGUCUCACUCCUGCCAACCGUCCCAUUAACCCUAGCACAGGUGAACUGAGCACAAGCAGCAGCAGUAAUGACAUCCCCAUUGCCAAGAUCGCCGAACGAGUAAAACUCUCAAAGACAAGAUCAGAAUCUUCAGCAUCUGACCGCCCAGUCCUUGGGUCAGAAAUCAGCAGUAUAGGGGUAUCUAGUAGUGUAGCAGAACACCUAGCCCAUUCUCUUCAAGACUGUUCCAACAUCCAGGAAAUCUUCCAGACACUCUACUCACAUGGAUCUGCUAUCUCUGAAAGCAAAAUCCGAGAAUUUGAAGUGGAAACUGAGCGGUUGAACAGCCGCAUUGAGCAUUUAAAAUCUCAGAAUGAUUUAUUGACAAUAACUCUGGAAGAAUGUAAGAGUAAUGCUGAGAGGAUGAGUAUGCUGGUUGGAAAAUAUGAAUCCAAUGCCACAGCCCUCAGGCUCGCAUUGCAAUACAGUGAACAGUGCAUUGAAGCGUAUGAGUUGCUGUUAGCAUUGGCAGAAAGUGAACAGUCUCUCAUUCUUGGACAAUUCAGAGCUGCAGGUGUCGGGUCUGUUGGGGACCAAACAGGUGAUGAAAACAUCACUCAGAUGCUUAAAAGAGCUCAUGACUGCAGGAAGACAGCUGAGAAUGCAGCAAAAGCCCUGCUGAUGAAAUUGGACGGGAGCUGUGGAGGAGCCUAUGCAGUCACUGGUUGUAGUGUGCAGCCCUGGGAGAGCCUCUCAUCCAAUAGCCACACCAGUACUACUAGUUCAACAGCAAGUAGUUGUGAUACAGAGUUCACAAAGGAGGAUGAACAAAGGCUGAAGGACUACAUUCAGCAGCUGAAGAAUGACAGGGCAGCUGUCAAGCUGACCAUGUUGGAGCUGGAGAGCAUCCAUAUUGAUCCACUCAGUUACGAUGUCAAGCCUCGCGGAGACAGCCAAAGGCUGGAUCUUGAAAAUGCUGUACUCAUGCAGGAACUCAUGGCAAUGAAGGAGGAAAUGGCAGAGCUGAAGGCACAGCUGUACUUGCUAGAAAAAGAGAAGAAAGCCCUUGAGCUGAAGCUGAGCAGUCGAGAAGCUCAAGAGCAGGCAUACCUGGUCCACAUUGAGCACCUGAAAUCAGAAGUGGAAGAACAAAACGAACAGAGAAUGAGGUCACUAAGCUCAUCUAGUACCACCAGCAAAGACAAGUCAAGUAAGGAAUGCACAGAUGGCACCACAGGAUCGUUAACGCUAACUGAGGUGAAACCCUACAGUGAAAGUGAACUGACUACAGAACUAGCAAAUGCUGUUAGGCGAGAAAAGAAACUGAAAGCCAGAGUGCAGGAGUUGGUGAGUGCCUUAGAAAGACUAACAAAGAGCAGUGAAAUCCGUCACCAGCAGUCUGCAGAGUUUGUUAAUGACUUGAAAAGAGCAAACAGUAACCUUGUGGCCGCCUAUGAGAAAGCAAAGAAGAAGCAUCAAAACAAGCUGAAGAAACUGGAAUCCCAAAUGAUGGCUAUGGUUGAAAGGCACGAGACACAAGUGAGGAUGCUCAAACAAAGGAUUGCUUUGCUGGAAGAGGAGAACUCGAGACCCCAUACUAAUGAAACAUCACUUUGAGCAGAGGGGAAGGUUUUUGUAAACAGUAAGAAUCUUAUGUGCCAUUGCAAAUUUGACUCCUUGAAAUACUUGUUUAGGUGGUGGACACGGUGGUUAGUGCCUCAAAGAGAGGUUAUGGCUUUGAAAAUACAUAGCCACAAGGAGGAGCCAAAAAAUGAAAUGCAGUUUUGGAUGGCUGUGCAUAAUCAGAUGGUGCCUAAUGGUUAAUGUACCUGUUUAUCAAGGCUCCGUGUAAUUGUUUUUUUAUUUACUAUUUCCCUUUUUUCUUCCUCCCAAGUUUUUAGGUCAGGAACACUCUUCUGUUCUUAGGCAUCAAGCACUCUGUGUCCAUUGCAUUUUUGAGGGAAUGUUUUAAAAUGAGCCCCUGUGAGCCAGGGGGCUCAAGAUGAACGGUUGCAUUGCUCUCCAACCCAUCUCCUCUACCUCUUUCCUGACAUUCUCACCCUGCUUCUCUUCAGUGGAAAUGCUAAGGCACUUCCUAGGGGGACAGUUAGUCAUUUAUUUGUAGCCAGAUUGCUGCUACAGAUCAAACCAAGCAACACCACCACACACCUGCAAGAGUGCCAGGCAUCGAAGGAAGCAUGGGAACUCUUACCUCUCCAGGUGGCUGGAGCCAAUUAGCUCUGCAUGCAUGCAGUUAAUGCUGCUAAGUGAGUAUUUAAAUGGGAAGUGGCCAUGCAAUUGCAUCCACAGGCUGUUUCAAGAGGUUAUGCAAAGGUGCUUUAAAACUCACAUUUUUUAGUAUGCUGGCUCAGUGCCUGACAUCCUCCAAUUUACUUGGGAACUGUGCUGUUUCAACCUCUUCUAGUCCAAAUGUAUUGGCAGGAUCAACACAGGAACUCCAAUGACUGGAUCUCAAAACCAGGUGGAAUUAUUGGUGCUUCUUCUAUGGUAUAUUUUUAUAUACCAGUUCCUGUUUGUUGCUACUGUUGCUGGGCAAUCAGUCACGUUUUGAAAGUGCCCUAAAGAUACACUGGUAUAUCAAAUCUGAUAAACUUGCCAUUUCCUGAAAUUUUGUAUGUCAAGGGAAUGUAAUCUAUAUUCUGAGAAUAACCACCCUAAUUACUAAACGUUGGUACACGUUAUUCAUAAGAGGGUACAUUACAUUGUAGCAACUAUACAUUUUACAACACUGGACACUGUGGCAAAACUAUAUCACAAGACACCAUUUACCUUUUGUUUUUCAACAAAUGGUUUUGAGGGGCUGUUGUGCGAGGUGGGACGAAAGAGUACAUUUUUGGCAAAAUUUCCCUAAAACUGACUAGAUGCAAUUCCUGUACAGUGUCAAACUGAUCAAAUCAUCAAGUUCACUUCAGCUUGAAAGCCUGAAAAUCAGUUUGGUUAUAAGGAAUGUUCCUAAUCAAAUGAAUGUAGAUAAGCUCCCUAAAAAGUUGUGGUGUGGAGUCACUUGCAAAGGGCCCAGAUAUAGUGCUAGUUCUGUCCACUCAAUCCUGUGUUUUAUAGGGCUGAGUGGACAGAUAGAUAUCAACAGGAAUGGAGCAGGAGGCUACCCUAAAAAAUAUUUGCCUUUGUUUUAAAGAUUAAACAGAGGCUAGCAUGUCUCUUACUAAAUUUAGCCAGUUCUUUAUAUUCUUCUUUAGUCAUAAAUGCAGCAAUAACUCACUGGUGGCAUCAAAAGAAGCAGAUUAGAUGAACAAUAGAUUGCCGUCUGGAAAUCAAGGGAGAAAAAUGUGCUGUUAGAUUUUUUUUUCCCCUUGUACUGAUUCGCUAAACACUUCUGAUAAAGCCAACAGACCUAAGAUCUUCUAGUGUUCUUCCAUAUAUUUCACUGUAGCUGAUCUUGGGUGCUUUUCUGGGCAGAUUUUGGGCUUUUGCUGCUGUGCCUCUUCUAUGUUGUAGCAUUUUAUCUGCUUUCAAACUAAGGAAAAAUGUCAAUGGGGUGUUUUGUCUGUCAGUAUCUUUUAAGGUUUAGCUUUCAGGAAGUGUACAUUUGAAACAAAUAUGUGAAAAAUAAUUUAAGUAAUGCAUGUUUAAUUCAUUUAUACUUGAUUUGUUGUCUGUCUUUCUGCUAAUUGUUAUUUUCUGAUGCAGCACAUCUGUCCUUAUGGCAAACUUUCAUAGUAUAGGUGGGCAAUAUUGGUCAUCCUUUGCUCUUCAUCCUAAGUAAAUUGGAAUUUCUUAUCAAAACUCAACCACAGCAAGACUGUUUCUCCAAAUGAACAAAGUAAUGCCAUCACAAUUGAGAUUUGGAGAGGGUGCUGUAUAACACUGACUGGUUCACAUAUUUUGCUCUUUUUGCCAUCAUUCAGCAGAAGUGGUGGUCUGCAAGUUAACUUUUUAAAAUACAGGUUACUCAUUCCCAUUUUAAAGUUCAUAAGUCCCUUGCAUUACUUCAGAUUCUUCAUCAUUUGGUUUGAUUUAGUGGCCUCAAUUUAAGCAAUAGCAGUUAGUGUUUGUUCAAAUUAAUGAAAGCUUAAUUUCUUUAUUUGUGAUAAUAAUGUGCAAGGAAGCAAUUGAUUAUGUGCAUUCCUGAUGUCUCAAUUAUCCUUUUCAUCACUUACAAAUCUCCAGCAUUCUAUCAGUGACUAUAUUGUUCCUCCUAUAAGGCUUAUUUAUAGUUCCUAUCAGAAAAGCUUUACUGCUACCCUGUCUGGAUGCUCUUCCAAUCCUAGAGCCCUAAUGCACCUUUGAAAUCAAACAAAAUCUUAGUUAGAUAUGCUGCCAUUAUAAGGAAAGCUGAAGUCUGAAAGUUAGUGUUCCACAGACAGACAAGGAUCAAGCACAAAGGCAAAUACUUCUGUAAAGCAACUAUAAUGACCUGUUGAAAUGUCAGUAAAGUUAACAAUGUAAAAGCUAGCAGUGCAUCUUGAAUAAGCAAAGUGUUUCAGUAGAUCUCAUCUUCACAGUAAUUUGCUCUGUUGAUGGAGGCAACAAUUUAAUUCAGAUAUCACAUCAAACUAGAGUUAUAGCCUUAACUACACCUCAGGAGUUAGCUGUCCCAUAGAAAGGAAAUUUGAAAACAAAACCAAAUAAAUAGCUCAAAACUGUGACUUGCUUAAAUGUUUGGAAGCUCAAACAAUUCCUCGGUCACUUCAUCGCUUGCUGCAAUACCUGAAUUGAGCCAGAGUGAGCAUCUUGCACAUGCUAUAACAUCUUGCUUUCAUUCAUCAGAAAUUAUGUUCCAAUUCUUUUAGCUAGCUGAAGAGAAGGCAGCAAAUGUGCUCUUGGUUGUUUGGUCGCACAGAAUCCUUUAUGCCUUUCCUCUCUACUCUCUUAACAAGAGCAUCCACAGUGAGAGCUCUGUAUGUAGAAGUAAAAAAUAUGGCUCUAUGCUGGUUCAGGCAGCCUUGGUGCCAACUUCAGGUGCAGCAAGGCCUUUCAUCUAUGGCCACUGCCACCCAAAUUCAAGCACCUGGGGUAGAAACUAGUCCUUCACCCAGAUACAACAUAGCUAUAAUUGCAUGCUUAAAGGCUGAGCAGUGACACCUUCUAUGCUAUUUGGCAGCUGUGCUAUGGAUCAUCUUGGUGUAUUGUCUUCUAUGAAUAUCUAUGAAAUGAUGUGAAAGAUUUGCGUGAUAGUGCAGGAACAAAAGAAUCUCUUUCACUUGGAUUUCAGUUCUGAAUAUUCUGGUCCUCCUCCAGUUAGGCUUCAGCAUCAGAGACAAAAUACUUUUAAAAAGUAUUUUCUUCUAUCACAUCCAAGGAGGCCCAAAACUGUUUUUCAGUCCAUCAUCUGCACAGUAUGGGACAUUUUUUAU